GCUAGAAGCUCUACUUGUCCAAAAAUGGGGCUGCCAGUCUGCUUCCCAUAAAGUCAUCCCUUCUGCCUUCUAUUUACUAUCUUCCAUCUUUUCACUGUUCAGUGUUUCUUUAAUAUUUCCAUGUUUGUGCACUUUUUUUACUUCCCAAUUUCCAGUAAAUCCGAAUACCCUUUCUUAAUAAAUCAUUAUAUGCGCCUCACUGAUUGCAUUGAACGUGUUUGAUGAUAUUACUCACCCAGCUUUUCCAUUUCAGACCCAAAAAAAUCUGGCCUUUCCUCAACGAUUUUAACCCCUUUUGCCUCUGCAACUCGUUUUUUGAUCAAGUGGUCAAAAUUAUUGGCGUUUUUUGAAUCGGAAUUAGUCUAUCCUGUUUUCUUUUUUUUGUUUUUUGUUUCUUGUUUUUUGUUUCUUGUUUCCUUCCUUCUGAAAUUCCCUCUUUUUCUUUUUCCUGUGUCCUGUGGGUUGGUUUUGUGACUGACUUUAUUAUCUACCCUCUUAUCUCACUGUAUACUCUCUCUCUCCAAAUUUCACUUUCUCUGAAAUUCUCGAGAUUGGGGUCUUGGAUAAAAACCAAGGGACCUCUGUUCCAAUAAACAGCACCAGCAGUCCUUCUCCUGCCUUGCUCUCCUCUAUAUCUCUCUCUCUUCUUUAGUCUAGGAAAGAGAAGAUAACCAAGACGCAAAAGCCACAAUCUUGAUGAGUGAGAGAGUAGGCUCUCUGUGUGAAGAGAGCCUGCCUGUUCAUGCAACCAUCUAAACCGCCAUUACUUUUCUUCCCACGACCAAAGAUUCAGUCUUUCUGAGGAGGUGUUUCGGAUGGCGCUUUCUAUGCACAGGGACAGUAGUAACAGCAGCGGCAGUAGCAAGCAUCAGCAGCAAUUGGAUGCGAGCAAGUAUGUGAGGUACACGCCGGAGCAGGUUGAUGCGCUCGAGAGGGUUUAUGCUGAAUGCCCCAAGCCUAGCUCUUUGAGGAGGCAGCAGCUCAUUAGGGAGUGCCCCAUUCUCUCUAACAUUGAACCUAAACAAAUCAAAGUCUGGUUUCAGAACCGCAGAUGCCGGGAGAAACAGAGGAAAGAAUCAUCUCGCCUCCAGACUGUUAAUAGGAAGCUGACUGCCAUGAAUAAGCUGCUUAUGGAAGAGAAUGACCGCCUUCAGAACCAGGUCUCGCAUCUGGUUUAUGAAAAUGGUUACAUGCGUCAGCAGCUGCACACCGUUAACUCGACCACUGAUACUAGCUGUGACUCGGUGGUUAUGAGUGGUCAGCAACAACAGCAAAACCCAACUCCUCAGCAUCCUCAGAGGGAUGCUAAUAGCCCAGCUGGUCUUCUCGCAAUUGCUGAGGAGACCCUGGCAGAGUUUCUUGGUAAGGCUACCGGAACUGCUGUCGACUGGGUACAGAUGAUUGGGAUGAAGCCUGGUCCGGAUUCUAUUGGCAUCGUCGCUGUUUCCCGCAAUUGUAGUGGGGUUGCAGCACGAGCCUGUGGCCUCGUGAGUCUUGAACCCACGAAGGUUGCUGAAAUUCUUAAAGAUCGUCUCUCUUGGUUCCGUGACUGCCGUUGCCUUGAUAUAGCAAGUGCAAUUCCCACAGGAAACGGAGGGACUAUAGAGCUUGUAUAUAUGCAGGUAUAUGCACCAACAACAUUGGCAUCUGCUCGUGACUUUUGGACGUUAAGAUAUAUUACUAGCUUGGAGGAUGGCAGUCUAGUGAUUUGUGAGAGGUCAUUAACAUCCUCCACUGGCGGUCCAGCUGGGCCCCCUGCCACUUGCUUUGUCAGAUCUGAAAUGCUACCAAGUGGAUACCUGAUCCGACCUUGUGAGGGUGGCGGAUCAAUUAUCCACAUUGUCGAUCACAUUGACUUUGAUGCUUCCAGUGUUCCUGAAGUUUUGAGGCCUCUCUACGAAUCUUCCAAAAUUCUUGCACAGAAGAUGACUAUGGCUGCUUUGCGUCACAUAAGACAAAUAGCUCAAGAAACCAGUGGGGAGGUCCAGUACUCAGGUGGUCGCCAACCUGCCGUUCUCAGGGCAUUUAGUCAAAGGUUGUGUAGGGGAUUCAAUGAUGCUGUCAAUGGAUUUGUUGAUGAUGGUUGGUCCAUAAUGAGCAGCGAUGGAGUGGAAGAUGUAACCAUUGCUAUUAACCCUUCCCCGAGCAAAUUUCUUGGUUCUCAAUAUAACAAUUUGUCAAUGCUCCCAACAUUUGGGGGAGUCCUAUGUGCACGGGCAUCAAUGCUUCUCCAGAAUGUGCCCCCUGCUUUGCUUGUUCGCUUCCUAAGGGAGCAUCGUUCGGAGUGGGCUGAUUAUGGCGUUGAUGUUUACUCGGCUGCUUCUCUUAAAGCUAGCCCUUACGCAGUUCCAUGUUCAAAGCCUGGUGGAUUUCCUAGUAGCCAAGUCAUUUUACCUCUGGCGCAGACAGUGGAGCAUGAAGAGUUUCUGGAGGUGGUUCGUUUGGAGGGCCAUGCAUUCUCCCCCGAAGACAUAGCUUUGUCGAGAGAUAUGUACUUAUUACAGCUAUGCAGUGGUAUUGAUGAGACAACCACUGGGGCUUGCGCUCAGCUUAUUUUUGCACCGAUAGAUGAAUCAUUUGGUGAUGAUGCUCCUUUGCUUCCAUCUGGUUUCCGUGUCAUUCCAUUGGAACCUAAAUCAGAUGGUCCUGCAGCAAAUCGAACACUGGACUUGGCUUCAGCCCUCGAUGUAGGACAUGGUGGACCUCGCUCAGCUGGUGAAGCUGAUACGAGCAACCACAACCUUAGGUCCGUCCUAACCAUUGCGUUCCAGUUCACUUUUGAAAAUCACUAUCAAGAGAGCGUUGCUGCUAUGGCCCGUCAAUAUGUACGAAGCAUUGUUGCCUCAGUUCAAAGAGUCGCCAUGGCCAUAGCCCCGUCUCAACUCAGCUCACAUAUGGUACCAAAGCCUCUCCCAGGCUCACCCGAGGCUGUGACAUUGGCACAGUGGAUAUGCAGGAGCUAUAGUGUGCACACCGGUGGGGAACUCCUUCAGGCCGACUCACAAGCAGGCGAUGCUGUUCUUAAACAACUUUGGCACCACAGCGACGCAAUCAUGUGCUGCACUGUUAAGAUGAAUGCAUCUGCAGUUUUCACAUUCGCAAACCAGGCAGGGCUCGACAUGCUGGAGACGACCCUGGUCGCCCUUCAGGACAUAAUGCUGGAGAAGAUUCUAGAUGAAGCCGGUCGUAAGAUUCUCCUCUCGGAGUUCUCCAAGAUCAUGCAGCAGGGUUUUGCCUAUCUGCCAGCGGGAGUUUGUGUGUCGAGCAUGGGCAGGCCCGUCGCGUAUGAGCAGGCCGUCGCGUGGAAGGUCCUGAACGACGACGACGCCAAUCACUGCCUAGCUUUCAUGUUCAUGAACUGGUCUUUUGUGUAAAGAAACAGAUCAAACUCCUAACUAUAUGACAAUUGCACUGGUUUGCAGCAGCUGCUUAAGUUAUUUGUACCUUUGAUUUUGCCAGAACUUAUGCAUGACAUAAUGUUGAGAGAGAUUAUUAACUUUUGAGAUGUCUAUUACUAUUAUGUUAUAUAUGGAAGCAAUGUACUUUCUUUA